CAACUGACAAAAGCGUGACAGUUGUUUAUUUUCAACAGCACGUGUUUUUGGGUGGCUUCAAACAACGUCAGUCAACUAGGGAAAAUCGAACCAGAACUAUGGCUGAAACAAAGUAUCAUCCUUCCGAGGAAUGGACGGAACCGGUCGAAAGAGGAAAACAAUAUUAUAGAAACCGAGCAAAGAAACUGAAACGCUCCAACUUUCUGUGCAAAGCGAAACGUAACUAUAAACAGAAUAGCAGCGGCCGAGGUGUCAAAUUAGAACAGGACGAAUACAACUAUUUGAUCGCAAUACUCGAAGCAAUGAUCGAAAAGAAGGACACCGAAGAACGACAACUGAUGACGCAGAACGUGAUGAAUCAGCUGAAGGGGAAAGAAAUCCGGACCGCUUCGAAUCAGGUUGGCAGCAGGGUGCUGGAAAACCUGCUCAUCUAUACCGACGAAGAAUCCUUCGCAACGCUAACAGACACGUUUGCAGAACAUAUACGUGUGUUUUGUAGCAAUCCGUUCGCGUCGCACGUGCUGGACAAAAUGUGCCACAUAGCGAUGCUUCGAGCUGUUGCCCCAUUGCAGGUGGAUGAGUACAAAGACGCUCCACAGAGCAAGAAACAAAAAUCUGGUACUGGCGAAAGGAAAAAGGACUUUAUCUGGCCUUCUGUAGAGUACAGCAUGAAGGAACAGUACAGUGAUGAGCAUCGGCAGAAGUGUCGCCAGUUUGUCGAAAGGAUGGCAAAGUUUCUGUUGAACAAUCUGGAAGAAUUCAUGCAGGAACCCAAGCCCAACUUCGUGAUAAGGCAGUGUAUGUUGAAUUUAAGUGGCAUCAUUGAUAAAAAUGCUACUGAAGGACGAGUGUUGAAGCAUUUGAUCGUACCGGAACAGUGGCACAAGCUGCUACAAAAUUUCAACGAGCGCAUAUUCUCUUGCGCACAGUUUGCGGAGCUCGUGAGCAAAGAUCUCAUGACACUGUUACUUCAGGAUUUGUUACGAGCAGUUGCGGCGACUGAUGAUGCAUUUCAGCUGGAGCAACUCGUUUCUAAGCUCUACAAGGAAGUGUUUCGAGCGAAAAGGCCGAAAAUUAAACAGGAAUAUGAUGGCGACGUAAAGCAAGAGACCGAUUCGGAUUUACCUUCAAUGUACUCCAGCGAAAGCAUAGUAAAGUUGUUGGAGGAAUGCAUCGUGGUUGCACCGUCUCAGUUUUUAAAAGAUAAAAUAUUCCCCAAACUGUUCCGCAGUCACGUGGAACAGCUAGCGUUAUCUAGACAGUACAACUUUGCAGUACAGAAACUGAUCGACCACACCUCAGACAAAGACUUGAUGGAUUUGAUCUUUAGCGAGCUCGAGCACAGCUUUAAGAAAUUGCUCGAUGUGGGUCAUACCGGUGUUCUGUUCGUGUUGGCCAAAGCGUGUGUUCGGCUUUCCUGUCAGCAGGGAAAGUUUGUAAAACUCUUUUGCGAAACACUAAAUUGCGGAGAUGUUGCACCAGAGAAAAUGAUUAUGAGCGUACUUUAUCUUCAACCCGCCGAUGCGACGCCUUUAAGCACACCUAAAAUCCACCUGCACGGUUCACUGAUCUUACAGACAAUACUGGAGUUUAACAAACCGAUUAAAUUCGUAACAGCCCUGCUGGGAAUGCCGAACCAUCGAUUGGCGGAGAUAUUCAUCGAUCCAUGCGGUUCGUUCAUUGCUAACUCUUUCGUUCAGAGUCGUUUUGUGGGAGAAAAAUCGCGCGAAAAGCUAAUCCGUCAGCUGGAGGGUCAAUAUUGUAAGCUAGCCCUAACCGUGCAUGGGUCCCGUGUGGUCGAGAUCAUGUACGAGGCUGGCAAUCCGACACAACGAGAAAACAUUGUGCGUGAGCUGGCCGAACAAUGUGCCCAGCUGAACUACAAACCGUGGAGUGCGAAAGUCAACAAGCGGCUGCUGGUGGACACAUACAAGCGAGAUCCAGCACGGUGGAAAAUAGCGAUUAAGAAUGAUGCCAAGGUGGACAAAAUGUUUAGCAAAUUAGUGGACGGGAAGAAAAGAAAAUUAGAGAGUUAAAAUCCACCAAAUAUGGAUGAUAUUUACAAAUCAUAAUGUAAUAAACUAGAAAUCUUAUCACGAA